CUAAAGAGGCUGUAAUAGGGACUAAUAGGUAUAUAAUUCCAACUAGAUCAAAAGAAUACUAUGAUUCAAUUCUUAGGUUGUUUUCAUUGCUGGUGAACUUUGAACCUUCACCGACAGUCCAAGUUCCCUCCCGGUGACCAUUGAGCCAUUGGCCCAGUGAUUUUGUCCCAAAGAUUCGUAGAAUUUAUCAUUUGGUUUGCUUUUCAUUCGAUACCUUUCAUUGGUGGUUGUAACUAUCCAAAUGUUGCCAAAAAUUAAUACUACAAUUAUCCAUCAUUGAAGAGAAAAAGACGCCACCAGCAGCACCACAAUUACCCAGCAUGUGAAUUGAGCUGCUUUCUUUUUGACUGGAAGAGAAAAUGAACCACGUGAGAAUCGAGCCUCUCUUCUGAGAUCAGUUAAAAACCACAGAGAUUAGAAGUUUUGCAGCUGCACCCAACAGCAAGAGCUUCUCUCCUCCUUUACUGGUUAUUGAAAGCAAAUCUCACUUUUCCAGGAUGGCUGACCCUGCUCUCUCUUUUGUUAUUGAGAGAACUGGCGAUCUGCUGAUUCAAAAAAUUGUUUUCCUGAAAGAUGUUCGACGUCAAGUUGAGAGACUCCGAAAUGAUCUGGUCCGGAUGCGGUGUUUCCUGAAAGAUGCAGAUCAAAGGCAAGAUGAAGAGGAAAGGAUUCGCCACUGGGUUUCUGAAAUCAGAGAUGCUGCCUACGAUGCGGAGGAUAUCAUUGAGAUCUUUGCCAGCAAAGUUGAGUUCAUAAAGGACAAGGGACUCGUCACCAAAUUGACAUAUUAUCCCUUGAAAUUUGUGAACCUCUACAAGAUAGGUAAAGAGAUUAAGUCCUUACGGAUGAGGCUUAAGGAGAUUGCUGAUAGCCGCGAAGAGUACGGUAUCAAAAAUCUUGGAGAGGGAACGACUACACAUGGAGAAGAGCUUCAACGGCUCCGGCGGUCCUCUCCUUUCAACGAGGACAAGGAUAUAGUGGGCUUCGAGGAGAUAACAAAAUCCCUGGUGGCAGAACUUUUGAAAGAGGACAGAAACCGCCGUGUGGUUUCAAUCAUUGGCAUGGGAGGUGCUGGUAAGACAACCCUAGCCAAAAAAGGUUAUAACCAUGCUGAUGUCAGGGAGAGAUUCAACUGUCGUGCUUGGGUCUGCGUCUCUUCAAUCUACAAUCACAAAGAGACGUUAAGGACAAUCAUAAAACAGUUGAAUCCAAUAACUAAUGAGCUACUUGACAUGUUGGAAAAGAUGCAAGAGCAGGACUUGGAACAAAGGCUCUAUCAAGAUCUAGAAGAUAAAUGUUAUCUUGUGGUACUUGAUGAUGUGUGGAAGGAAGAAGCAUGGGAUUGUCUUGCUAGGGCCUUUCCUGAUGUUAACACAUCAAGUAGAUUGCUACUUACAAGUCGCAAUCGGGAUGUUGCCCAACACGCAGAUGCUCUUAGCAAACCACAUGAGCUAAAAACUUUGGGGCAGGAAGAUAGCUGGCAGUUGUUCCUCAGAAAGGCCUUAGCCCACGGGGAUAAUGCUGGGUGUCCUUCGGAUUUGGAAGAAGUGGGCAGAGAGAUUGCAAGGAGAUGUGCUGGUCUGCCACUGGCCAUCACGGUUAUAGGUGGCCUGCUACUGGCAAAGAAAAAGUUGAAGAGUGAAUGGGAGAAAGUUCUCAACAGUUUCAACACAAACCUAUCAAAGAGCCAGAGUGGAGUGUCAGCAAUUCUGGAAUUAAGUUAUGCAGACCUCCCUGCCAAUCUGAAAUUUUGCUUUUUGUAUUUGGGUUUGUUUCCUGAAGACUUCGUCAUUUCUGUGCGCAAGUUGAUUCAUAUGUGGGUUGCAGAGGGAAUAAUCCAAAAUAGAGAUGCAAAAAAUUUGGAGGAAACUGCAGCAUAUGAUGAUGUGGAACGACUUUGUAGCAGAAAUAUGGUCCAGGUGGCGGAAAUGACUGUUGAUGAGAGGAUUAAAAGCUGUAGAGUCCAUGAUUUACUGCGAGAGCUUGCAAUCAGAAAGGCAGAUGAUGAAAAUUUUUUUCAGAUCCAUGACACCAGAGAUGAUAAAAUAUCAGCCAAAUCCAGGUACCUUGCUGUUCAUGUUCUCCCUUGGGAUGAAAAUUAUCUUGGGUCUUCGACCCCCCCUCUCCGGUCCCUACUUUUUUUCAAUGUCCACGGUUACAUGGAAAACAUUAGUCUUAAUCUCAAAAGUUUCGGAAAGCUUAGGACGCUAGACCUUGAGAAUGUUCAGAUACCAUAUAAUUUGCCAAAGGAAAUUGGUGAAGUCAGGCUUCUAAGAUACCUCUGUUUAAGAUACACAUCGAUUGCAAGGCUCCCUCGUUCCUUCGGUUGUUUGCGAAACCUACAAACUCUUGACAUGCGGACCCGUGCCACAGUGGUAGUUUUAAAUUUCAUUUGGAAGCUUGAAAGUUUACGGCAUCUAUACGCUUAUGAUAUAAGAUUAGACAUUUAUAAUAUAAGAUGGAAUGAGUCACUUAAGAUUGAAGGAUUGAAGAAUCUUAAGACUCUGUCACGCGUAAACUUUGAUGACAUUAUGCACAAUAACAUGAUAACUUUGACAAGUCUUCAGAAACUGGGGAUUUGGGUGGAUGACAUGUCAGAGAUAGACAAACUCUGCAUGCAUUUAUCUGAAGUUGGAAGCCUAAAGACGUUACAACUUUAUUUUGAUGGAAGUAGCCAGCAGCCAACUCUAGGUGGACUUUCUAAGCUCCAUCAUGUAACAGAGCUUAAGCUAUCCGGGGUGGAUUUGAGAAUGCUACCUCCUGAUUUCCCUCCAAAUCUCUCUCGCUUGUCUUUGAAAUUCAGACAUUCCACGGAUGACCCAAUGCCAGUACUAGAGAAGUUGAGACAACUGUCGUUCCUCAAAAUGGAAUUUGAAUUUGAGGGACCAGAGCAUAUGGUCAUUUCCAGGCAUGGGUUUCACCAAUUGAAAUUCCUUCAGGUCGGCCGUCUAAAUCAUUUGGAUGAAAUAAAGGUGGAGAAAGGUGCAUUGCCACAGCUCCUGUGUAUGAGAAUCAGGGAUUGCGGCAGAUUACGGAAGUUGCCGGAAGAGCUGAAGCACAUAUCUACUCUUGAUAUGCUUGAGCUUGUGGACAUGCCAAAGGAUUCUAUCAGCAGGCUUGCUGCGGACAUGGCAUUUAGUGUUCCUAACCUCAGAAUAUUUGACUCUUGAAUGCUGAAGAAACUAAGUUCGCAUUCGAAUUUGAUGGAAGCUUCUGCAUAAAUGGCUUGAAUGUGUACUUCUACCUUUGUAAUCCAUCUUAUUUUUCCUCUCCAUCAAGGGGCUUUUGUUUCACCUCAUAUUGUACUGCAAGCUGAAUUCCAGAGUAGUUAUUAAUAAAAUUAUUUCCAGUUUUUAUCAAAAUAAAUAAAUAAAAAGAAUGUUUCCGAU